AUGCGGCCGGGGGGCGCGCUGCUCGCCCUGCUCGCCAGCUUGCUGUUGCUGCUGCUGCUGCGCCUGCUCGGGCGCUCGGCCGACGCGCCCGCCCGCGCCAGGCUCGUGGUGGAGGGAAGCCGGGCGGCCACCCCCCGCAGCCCCGCGGCCCUGAGGACGCCCAGGAGCCCCGCCAGCCCGCGGCCGCGCGCCACCAACAGCACAUAUCUGAAGGAGAAGUCACCCCAACUGACAGAAAAAUGCAAACAGCUACAAGACGGCUUUGAGUCUCUGUCUGAAAAAAUGAAGUGGUAUUCAGAGGCUGACUAUCUUCAGAUGAUCACAACCAUACAGAACUGUCCCUGGAAACGGCGAGCAGAAGAAUAUGAGAAUUUCAGGGCACAGCUGGCUUCCUGUUGCGGUGCUGUUCAAAACUCGGUCGUUUCCCAAAACAACACUCCAGUUGGGACGAACCUGAGCUACGAAGUGGAAAGGAGGAAGGGCAUCCAGAUAGGAGAGAGCAUCUUCGGCAUGCUGCCCGUGGCCCAGCCGUUCGGGGACCGCCCCCUCGGCCGCUGUGCGGUGGUGGGGAACGGCGGCAUUCUGAACAAGUCGCUCUGCGGGGCCGAGAUUGACCAGUCGGACUUCGUCUUCAGGUGUAACCUGCCCCCGACGACCGGAAAUGUCAGUAAAGAUGUUGGCAGCAAGACGAAUCUGGUGACUGUAAACCCCAGCAUCAUCUCACUCAGAUACGGGAACUUAGAGGAGAAGAGGGCAGCCUUCCUGGAGGACAUCGCCACGUAUGGAGACACCUUCCUCCUCCUGCCGGCUUUCUCCUUCAGGGCCAACACGGGGACCUCUUUUAAAGUCUUCCACACUCUGAGGAGCUCGAACGCGAGGCAGCAGGUUCUGUUUUUCCACCCCGCGUACCUGAGGCGCCUGGCCCUCUUCUGGAGGACGCGGGGCGUGGUGGCGUACCGCCUGUCCUCGGGCCUGAUGGUGGCCAGCGUGGCCGUGGAGCUGUGUGAGCACGUGCGCGUGUACGGGUUCUGGCCCUUCUCGAAGACGGUGGGGAACGCGCCCGUCAGCCACCACUACUACGACAACCAGCCGCCCAAGCGCGGCUUCCACGCCAUGCCCCAGGAGUUCCUCCAAAUUCUCCAGCUCCACGUGAAGGGCAUCCUCAGGGUGCAGUUCAGCAAAUGUGGCGUUGCCCGAACGGGGUCUCGGGACGGGGGUAAUGUGAAUACGGGGAGAUUGUAGCACUGUUUACAAACACAGAGGCUGAGGUCCUGGGGUGCAGUAGGAAGUGCUCCGAGCCUUGGUUUGACCAAAGCUCACCCUCCAAGUCUGCAACCUCUGAGCGUGAUUCAAUUGUGGUAUCUUCGGUUCCCUUCCCUGUAACACGGGGACCAUUUGAUCUAACACAUAGAAGUAAAAUACGACCAUCCAUGGAGACACAGAGGAGAGAGGUUGGCAUGAGGUAGGGACUCGGUGGAUAUUUUCUUGUUAAUGUUGAUAAGAGACAUUUCCACACUUGCCAGGCUGACGCCAAAAGGCACCGUCCAGAGACCCUUUCUGAAGAGAUCGUUGAAUUGCCCAUCAGGACUGGGGUUUUUCUCUGGUGGGCCUCUCUGUUUUCAGUAACAUACUGCCCAUUUUUCUUGCCCUGUUAAAGAGUGCACACAGGAAAGUUCUAUACUUAAGCAAGAAACUGUUUCCUGUUGGUGGGAUGUGGACCAUUUCUUUCCCCUUUAUCUAUAUUUUUUUCACCACUCUAAUUUUGUACUGACUCCCUGCCUCACCCUUAAACCUUCUCUUCUCCCACUGGCAGAGUCUACUUCAAGGACGUGCGUAGCUGCCAUGCCCAGGCUUUCUCGCCUGCUGUCCUGUCAGGGGGGUCACCCCUUCAAUUUGCUCUAAAGCAUAAGGCCGAGCAGCACCCCACGGCAGCCCCACGGCAGCCCCCGCCAGGCUCUGAGAGGGACUCACGAGGACGAGCCCUCACCGAGUCCGCGAGAGGAAGCAGGUGUGGACGUCACUAACGUGACACGCGUGACAGGGGUUGUGAUCACAACGUUGUGGAUGACGAGGUGCAGACAGCAGA